GAGCAAUGUGUGGCGCUGGGACUGUGGAGAUCAUUGGACCUAUCACAGCAACUGUUGAAGACGCCAUUCUUGUGUAUUCAGCAAUAUUAGGAUCCUCUCCUGCAGAUAGAAUUUCUCUGAAACCGGGCCAACCUUGUGUACCUAAUUUAUCUUCAAAUGAAAGUUUGGAUGUUCUGGGAUCAAUGAGGUUGGGAAAGUAUACAGAGUGGUUUAAUGAUGUUUUCUCCCCUGAAAUAUCUGAAAAAUGUGAGGGUGUCCUGCAUCAACUGUCAAAAAAGUAUGGGUGCAAAGUGAUAGAGAUUGUAAUACCAGAGCUGCAUGAGAUGCGGACUGCUCAUAUUGUUUCCAUAGGCUCUGAAUCACUGUGCUCUUUGAAUCCUUACUUGGAGGGAGGGAAAGGAGCAAGAUUGACACAUGAUACUCGAACCAAUUUGGCACUUUUUCGGUCAUUCACAGCAUCAGAUUAUGUUGCUGCUCAGCGCCUUAGGAGAAGGCUAAUGUACUACCAUAUGGAGAUAUUUAAGAACGUGGAUGUCAUAGUAACUGCUACAACUGGCAUGACAGCACCCAUAAUACCAGCAAGUGCUCUUGCUGUUGGAGAGUCAAAUUUGCAAGUGUCAGGAAAUCUCAUGCGUUUCAUUAUAACCGCAAAUCUUCUGGGGCUUCCAGCCAUUUCUGUUCCUAUUGGUUACGACAUGCAAGGACUACCUAUAGGCAUCCAACUCAUAGGCCGACCUUGGUGUGAAGCUUCCAUUUUACAUUUGGCAGCUGCAAUAGAGGAGAAUUGUUCAUCCCCCAAGAGAAAGCCAUUGCAAUUCUAUGACAUACUCAAGGGAGGGAAUUGAACUCCCUUACAAAUAAGUUUUAUGACAAGGGAGUAUGCCGGCUGAAAAUUUGUCGGCAGUGAACAUUAAAUUAACUUACAAUGCGAUGCCCUCACCUUGUUGGAACAAUCUAGGAUGUCAAAGACUUAUAAGGAAACAUGGAAACAAUACCUGUUUUUGUUCAUCACGGUGGUUUUUGGAAUGAAGUCAUGGAAUAUGUAAACUUCUGUGUUUUUGGAAUUACUUUGGCUACAAACAACUCUUUUGCUGAUUUGAUUUAAAAGGUAGCAGAUAGGAUUGGAAUACAAACAACAUCAACCUCAUUAAUAGUUCAAUACAAAGUGAGAGACAAUUAUCCACCACUAAUGAUACAAGAUAACUCAGCUCUGUUGUUUUAUUUGCAUCUGAAGAAACAAGAUACAGAUGUGACGAAGUUCCCUCUAUGCAUCACCACUGCUGGUGUACAAGAAGAAACAAAUUGCAACAUGUUUCUUGUUGGAAAUAAACAAGUGGAAACAACAUCUGGGAUACAAGAAGGAACACUGUCUGAAGAAAGCUCAACGAUUAGUGAAGAGAUAGACAUUAAUGCUUUUAUAUUAGCAUGGGCAAAUAAAACAACUGAUGAACUGCUACAAGAUAAAUUUGUGGAGUCAGAAGCAACAAAGUGCAACAACAGUGAUGUAGCCCCUGAAGUAGGACUGAUAUACAAGAACCGUGCUGAGUUCAAGAAAGCACUGAAGUUGAAUGCUAUAAAAAAUCACUUCCAGUACAUGACUGAAAAGUCAAAUAAGAUUUGUUUUGUGGCUAAGUGUUUGGAUGAAAAUUGCAGUUGGGAGAUAAAAGCAAAACAAAUUGGAACAAUGGGAAGGUUUAAAGUUGUGAAGCUUGUAAAUACACAUUCCUGCAGAUUAGAAGUAAGAUUAGCAGAUCAAAGGCAUGCAACAUCAAGUUUGGUAGCAGAAUGCAUUCAAUCUAAGCUAUUGGAUCCAAAGGCGCAAUAUAAUGCAACCGAUGUAAAGAGGGACAUGCUACAGGAAUAUGGUGUUGAAAUCAGUUACUUAAAAGCAUGGAGAGCAAAAGAAAAAGCACUAAAUAAACUCAGAGGAAAACCAGAAGAAUCAUAUGGCUUUCUGCCACGGUUCUUGAAUAUUGUGAAACAAACAAAUCCUGGAUCAUUUGUGCAACUUAAAAUUAAUGAAGACAACACAUUCUUGUAUGUCUUCAUGGCUAUUGAAGCAUCAAUUAAGGGCUGGGAAUUUUGCAGACCAGUUAUUGUAGUUGACGGGACAUUUUUGACUGGGAGGUAUGGCGGAACACUGUUAACCGCAUCAACACAAGAUGCUUGUGGAAAAAUAUUCCCUAUUGCAUUUUCUGUAGUUGACUCUGAGAAUGAUGAAUCUUGGAAAUGGUUUUUCAGAAAUAUUAAAGAAGCUUUGGUUUAUAGAAGUGGAAUGGUGAUUGUUUCUGAUAGACAUGAGAGUAUUGCAAAAGCUGUUUUAGAAGUGUAUCCAGAAUCUGGGCAUGGGGUAUGCAUAUACCAUCUAUUCAACAACCUCAAGACAAAGUUCAAAAGAAAAACAAAGAAAAUGAAAGAUAGUUUUUUUGAAGCUGCACAAGCAUAUACCAAAGAUGACUUUGAUUGGCACAUUGAGGAACUGAAGAAACUGGAUGAGGGGAUAGUACCAUAUUUAUACUCAGUUGGGUAUGAAAAAUGGACUAGAGUUUUCUCAACAUCAAAAAGAUACUCAACAAUGACUUCAAAUAUAGCCGAAUCCUUGAAUGCCGCAUUGAAAAAGAUAAAAAAUCUGCCAAUAACUGCGUUGCUACAGUUCUUGCAUGCAUUGGUACAAAUAUGGACACAUAUGAACAGAAAUAUUGCAAGAAACACAUUUACCAAACUUGCAAAAGUUCCACAUGAAACACUAGAGCAAAACUACCUCAAAUGCAUGAAGCUAAAGGUAUAUAGUGCUUAAAUUAUAUGAAGUUAAAUUUUAUUAAAAACUGUGAAUAUAACAGUUUGAAUUGCAGGUGAUUCCUUCUAGUGAAGCAAUAUUUACUGUUUCUGAAAUGAACACAAGCUUUAUUGUUAACUUAGAGGAGAAGAAUUGCACUUGUAGAAGAUUCCAAGUUGAUGAAUUGCCAUGUAUUCAUGCACUGGCAGUACUCAAAAAGAUGAAUCAAGAGCCAUACAAAUUUUGCUCAUCUUACUACUUAAAGGACACGAUGCAACAAACAUAUCAACGGACUGUGCAUCCAAUUCCAGAUCAGGGGACAUGGCCAAUGAAUACUUGCGAUCAAAUGAAAAUCUAUCCCCCACAUGGAAGGAAAAAGUCUGGAAGGCCAAAGAAGCAGAGGUACAAGGCACACUGGGAGAGUACAAGUACACACAAAUGUGGGAAGUGUGGAAACCAAGGGCACAACAGAAAGACAUGUAGGAAUGCACCACAACAGUAGAAAGUUUCUAUAAUGUAGUUUCUAUAAUAUAAUUGUUUUACAAAAUCUCUCAAUUGCUACUGUUCAAACUCAAUUUAAUAUAAAUAUGCAUUCAUAUUGUUAGUGUCCAUUCUGUAUAAGUUUUAUUUAUAUUCUGUGACGAAAAGUUCUAUUAUGGGAUUAAAUACGAAAGCAGAAACAAUAAACAACAAGAAUAAACAAGUAAAAAACAACUGCUAUUUUUGAUAAACAAAAAGAAAUGAAAAGAAACAAUAGAAGAAACAAUUUUUUCUAAAGAAUAAACAGGCACAAACACAGUAAGGAAACAAAGUGUAGAAACAUGAAGGUAGUAAUGUAAUUACUUAAGGAAGACAUUCAGAAAACAAUGACAUAAACAUAAGAUAUAAAAUAAGACAUAGAAACAAACAGAAACAACAGAAACAAAUAUAAACAAUGAAAACCACUAACAGAAACAAACAGAAACAACACAAAAACAUAUGACACGGAACAAUAAUAUCUUUUCAAAACAACUGUGUAACAACAGUAAACAGUACAACUGUAUCACAAAAGUAAAACAGUAUGUUUCCAAAAGAACAAGUUCAUAUUUGGUUUUUACAUUACAAGAUCACAAAAACAAAAGUACAUUAAUUCUUGCUACAUCUAUUUAAUUAACUUCUUCAGCUUCUUCCUCCUGGGUUUGAUUUCUUCAGCAUCACUCUGGACUUCACCACUUAUUUUGGACAAUCCAUAUUGGUAGAGAAAGUAGGAAAGUCUGGUCCUGUAAAGCUCAAUAUCCAAAAAUUCAAGAACCGCUAUGCCAUCGAUGAAAUACUCAGCAAAAGCAGCAACAAAAGCACCACAGUCACUAUAAAAAGUACAAUAAAAAACAAUAUUGUCAAUGGUAGAAACAUAAACAAAA